GAUAUCGGCAACGAUGGACGCACUGCAGCACACACAUAUAGAACUGUGGAAGCUGACGCUGCAAAGGCAGAUGCUCCGCGGCAACGCGCCGUAUGAGAUCGGCUUCCUCGUCAGGACUAGCGAGGAGCGCUACCGAAAAAUGGUAGACUUAUACAACUCAAGUCUAUCGUUGGUGGGGGUCCUACGGACUAGGGAACAGGUUCUACAUCUGCAGAAAAUCGAGAAACUUCACUGGGACGUCAUGCACCUAGCCAACAUGCUGCAUGAGGUCGAGAAGAAAUAUAAAAUUAAACCCCAAGUUUUGGACAACCGAGUGUUCUACCCGUUCGGUAUCAAGCCGACUACGAAGGCUCCCAACAAUACGAACGAGGAUAUUCAGAAGAAAGAGAAUUAAAUCACUACGUUAUUCAGAAUAUGACUGAAGUGAAUAAAACGCGUAC